AAAAUAUUUACCUUUUUUUUAAUAGAAACAAAGGAUGGAAUAUGGCCCCAGACCUGCCGACACUCCUUUGGCUCCGUCACCUCCUCCAACACCAGCUCCUGUUCCUGUCCCCCUUCCUCCUUCUACUCCAGCUCCUGUUCCUGUGUCAAAGGUCCCAGCAAAUGUCACCCGUCAGAACAGCAGCUCCAGUGAAAGUGGUGGCAGUAUUGUGCGAGAUAGCCAGAGACACAAACAACUUCCUGUGGACCGAAGGAAAUCUCAGAUGGAGGAAGUGCAGGAUGAGCUCAUCCACAGACUGACCAUCGGGAGAAGUGCUGCUCAGAAAAAGUUCCAUGUGCCACGGCAGAAUGUGCCAGUCGUCAAUAUCACUUAUGACUCCACACCAGACGACGUGAAGGCGUGGCUGCAGUCCAAGGGCUUCAACCCCGUGACUGUCAAUAGUCUUGGAGUAUUAAAUGGUGCACAGCUUUUCUCUCUCAAUAAAGAUGAACUGAGGACAGUCUGCCCUGAAGGAGCCAGAGUCUUUAGCCAAAUCACUGUACAGAAAGCUGCAUUAGAGGAUAAUAGUGGCAGCUCUGAACUGCAAGAAAUCAUGCGAAGACGGCAGGAAAAAAUCAGCGCUGCUGCCAGCGACUCAGGAGUGGAGUCUUUUGAUGAGGGAAGCAGUCACUAAUCUGUCUGUGUUUGGACUCCAUUACUCUUGGCAUUAUUCCAAACAUGCUUUGUUUUAAGAAGCUAUGAAGGGAAUGUCAGACUUGUGUUUCUUGAGAUACUUAAUUUAACGCCAUAAAGAGACAGUGCAAACAUAAGUAAGCAGGGAUUUGUUUCUGGACCUACUCUCUAUACAAGCUGAGAAAUUUUCAAAUGGCAAUUUUUGACCUUGGGCAAUAUUUUUAUCUCCUUCUCCAAGACAAGAUCUCCUCUACUGAAUUAACUAUUUUAAUCGCCAUCAUCACAGUGCACACGUAGGCAUUUGUUUGAUAGUGGUGGAUUUAUGUAUUGCACCUAAAGAUAUUGCCCAUGAUUGAAAAUCUAGACAAUUUCAGUUUUGUCUGUGACGGUGUGGUCUGUCAUUCCAAAUGAGGCUUACUUAAGGAUAGUCACUGCUUGCUUAGGUCUCUCCUCUGAUACUCUCAAUGAUAGAAUAUUUAGAUUUAUGUAGAGUUCUUAAUGCCAACCUUUUUUUUUUCUUUUAGAAAUUAAAUACCUAAUGAACUGUAAAAUAUCACAGAGCCUUGGACUUGUGGAUAUAUACUUAAGACACAUUCCCAGACAUUGUCUUUGUCAUGGCUAUGUUGGUCACAUACCAUUCCUUAUAUAGCUUGUAUUUUGAUUUAGUUUAUAUUCUACUUAGUAUCUUAUACCAUGUUCUUAUAUAUGAGAGAGCACAAGAGGUCAUGAUACAUUCAAAAUCUGUCACAGGGAAUAGCCUGCAUUUGGGUGUGUGUGUAUGUGUGUGUGCAUGCAUGUGUAUCACAGUAUUUUGCUUAAUAGAAGCCUUGGUUCUGAAUAUUGGCAUAAGUAGUUAAAAGGAAAUUGAGGCCAUUUUAUGUGUUUAUUUGUGUCAACUUUUUCUGGUACUAAGAAAGAAGCUAUACACAUUAAUCCUGGAAAGACUCUAGAUAGAAAUAAGGAAAGGUGGUUAACCUUCAACGAAUGUUAUUUUUGGAAAAACAAUUUUUGUCUUUAAAUGUGAUAUUAUUUCACAUAUAUAAAACAGAUGUUAUAUCAGAAUGGUGUAUAUUUUAACAUAAAUCCAUUUAGAGAGAUCAUCUAGAUUCAUCAACUUUCAUAGUGCCUUUUUCACGAGUCAGCUGGAAAGUCUGCAAUAAACAGUAUUUACUGUAUGUUA